CCCCGCCUCCGGCGAAUUCUAAGUAGCUUUGGCGCGAGUCUGAGUCUUGUGGUUGACCCGGGAGAAGGUUCGGGAGCUCCACGCGUGGCAAAUCUGCAGUUAGUAAUGGACCCCUUCGGCUUGCAGGGCAACCUUUCAGGGAAGAGAAAAUCCACAGCAUUCCGUAAUACUAGACUAGUCCCUAUGGAAACGUCUUCAUCCUCUGAUGAUAGCUGUGACAGUUUUGGCUCUGAUAAUUUUGCAAACACGAAACCAACCUUCAAGCCAGAAGUUGCAGAAAAAAUGGCUAAAAUAUUUUACGAGGAUUCAGAUGAAGAAUCUUUCUGUGGCUUUUCAGAAAGUGAGAUUCAAGACGUGCUGAAACUGGGGACAGAUUCUGAAGAAGAAGAAGCAGAGAAAUGUUCACAUAAAUGGCCUAAGAAAAGUGCUGCUCCUCUUAAAGUUGCUCUGAAGUUCCCACCACGAAGGUCUAAGAGGGGAAAGAGUAAAACAGUUCCAGCUUCACAACCUUCCUGUAAAUUGGACUCUGAGGCAGAAUCUGAUGAAGAAAGUGGACCCAAAUUCUUGGAGAGAAGAGCUUUAAAUAUAAAGGAGAACAAAGCCAUGCUUGCAAAGCUAAUGGAAGAAUUAAAAAAUGUGUCUGGAAUUUUUACUAAAAGAGGCCCACUCGCAACUCCUACUCUGAAAGCCCAGCGUAGUCCAAGGAAAUCAGUUCCCAGAAGUGCUCCAAGGAGGAAUCCAGAAAGAAGUUCUAGGCCUCACACAAGAUCCAGAUCCCUAAUUGAAGGUCCUCCAAAUUCCAUGUUUAUGGAGGAAGAGGAGGAGGAUCCCUAUGUGUUAGUGAGAAGGAAAAUGUCUGAAGAUUUUUCUGAGGAUGAAAGGGACACCCCCAGAAGGAAGCGCACUAGUGCUAUGACUCUUCCCCAUGUCAUCCGUUCAGUGGAAGAAAUAACCGAGGAAGAGUUGGAUAAUAUUUGUGAAACUGUGAAAGAUAAAGUCUACAACCGUGCAACGGGUUCUACCUGUCACCAGUGUCGUCAGAAAACGACAGAUACUAAGACAAAUUGCCGGAACCCAGAGUGUCUUGGAGUACGUGGCCAAUUCUGUGGGCCUUGUCUUCGUAAUCGUUAUGGAGAAGAAGUCAGGGCUGCCUUGUUGGAUCCAAACUGGUACUGCCCACCUUGCCGUGGGAUCUGCAAUUGUAGCUUCUGCCGGCAGCGGGAAGGAAGGUGUGCUACUGGUGUCUUGGUUUACUUAGCCAAGUAUCAUGGAUAUGAUAAUGUCCAUGCUUACUUGAAAAGUCUGAAACAAGAACUUGAAAUGCAAGAAUGAACUUCUGAAGCAAUUCCAGAAUAAUCUUCAGCGCAUAUGCUUAGAUUUGUCUGAUUUGAGAAUUCACUUUUAUUAAUGGUUGACAUCUUUUAAAAAGGGGAGCAAAAAUUGUGACUUUUGACUGAAGUUCAAAGUUGCAGGAUAGUGGUUCGUCAUAUUGUUAAAUCAAAGCUUUCUUAGUCCUGUUUCAUGAUGAAUGCUACUGGAUCUUAAUUAGCAUCCAGCAGAGCAGGUAGAAGUCUCCUUCAACCCAUUGGGGAGCAGCGGCUUCAUACAAAGGCUAUAACCAACCAAAAGCAGUACUUGCCAUUAUAGUUCUCCUGAAUCUCACUGUGUGAGAUUUUCUGGUGGCAGUUUGCAUAGGUACUUUCCCUAUGCUACUCUGAGUUUACGUUCAUGUUGGAACUGCCGCUGUCACAUUAUCCCUAACUAUUGUUAAUGUUAGCUGAGUCCAAUUUUUGUUUCUCCUUUGUUGGAAAGAAAGUCUUUGGGGGGGACAUUCAAUGUAUCUAUAUUUGCAGUUAUCGUGUAUAGUAGAUUCAGUAAUGAAUCAAACGCUAGCUUUUAAAGCUAUUGUAAAUAGCAGCCGUGAUUAUCUAAUUGCAAAGCAACUUAAAUUCUUGAUAAACUUUUUUUUAAAGAAGCAAUGAUAAAGGACUCAAUAUUUAGGUUCAAAAUUUUGACAGUAAUUGAAAUGGUUUAAAUCAGUAAGUGUGAAGUGUACUUGAUCAGUCAUGCUUAGGACCAUGUUUUGUUGUGUUUAAAAUAGUACUUACAAUGAAAGUGUGACUAAAAGGGUCUUGAGAAGAUUCAGACUUAUGAAAAAUUAGUAAAUGGUUUGAUCCUAAAACUUACUGUCCCCGAGAUCUUGGUAAGGGAUAUUUAAAAGGAACCAUUAGAGUUUUGGAAGGCAGUUUCAUUAGGGCUGCAAAAAUCCAAAAAUAAUUAGCUGGAAGCAAGUUGUUAAAGCAAACUGUUUCUUUGCUGUUAGUCUCUAGACUUUUGCAGAACAGUUCAAAUAAUUCUAAAUUGGGUUAUUGACCAAAUAAUUUCACUCGUCUAAUACAUAAAGCAUCAUGCCUUACAUUUUGUCAAAAAUUGUGUAUUGUAGAUAGGGAUUCACAAGUCUUCCAUCAUAGUUUAUGCUGGAGCCAAUCUUGCAUAAUCUGCAUAUUGGAUUGUAAAUGCAAGGCUUUCAGGCAGCAAUUUGAUAAACUCUGUGCUUGUCUAAAGAAGUGACCAUGAACAAUACAGUUCCAUGAGUUGUAAUGUAGAUAGGAUCCUAACUGGUGACAUUUCAAACUGUGUUGGUUAAUAAGGCAUGGAGCUUGUGCAUCAAACACAGGUGGAGGUUGUGGCUUUCAUUUACUAGCUGGUGGUGUAUCUGCUUAAAUGCUGUGCUAACUGGAUAAAAGGCUACCCAUCCAAAGUGCAUUGGAUAUAAAAUUCAUCAGUGUUGAAUAAACUGCAAGAGGGGAAAUGGACAGAUCCCUUGAGUUGCCAGGACCCUUUAAGAAGGAAUCACUUGCUACUUUCCCAUACAUUAUACUAAGUACCAUUUGUAAGCAGUACAAUAUAAAAUCUAAAUGGAAUUAAGAAUAUCUCUCUCACAAAGAGUUUAGGUUUAAUUUUCAUAAUACACAUUUCAGGGGGAAAAAAUCAUGGGAUGUUUUGCUUUGCCUCUAAAAUUGUGGUUCUGCUUUUCGUGAACAGGUGUUAUAAUGCUUGGACACAUGUGGCUGUUAAUUUUCUGAAGAUUUGUUUUAAAUGCAGCAAAAGGCAGUAACGCUACUCAAGUCUUUUCCCUAGAGUAGUUUGAACAAUACUGUAACCUGAUACUUUUUAUGUAUGAAAUGUAAUUUUGAUUAAUUAAAGUUUGCUUAGCAGUGGGCUGAAAAGGC